AUGUCGUUUGUUGGUGGAGGAUCAGAAUGUUCAGUCAACGGAAAUGCCGUUGCUCAAUUUAAUAAGCAUGCCCAACAAGAUAGAUCGUUGCAACAACAAGUGGCAAACCAACAUGGAAACUUGGCCCAGAAUCAAGGGUUCAAAAAGGAUAAUUUAAUGAACGUUAGGGAUAGAGCUAACUUGGACCAAUUUAUGAAUAAUGGUGCACCACAGAACUCAUUCCAGUUCCAACCUAUGAGACAUGAAUUAAAUGCGAUUCAAAACCAACCCAAUCCCAUUCACCAACAGCAAAAUAACUGGUCACAAGACUUUGUUGCACAAUCCCCAUCUGCUCAGAUUGCAACCCCAAUAGCAAAAACUGGGAGUCCUGUAAAUGCCCAGUGGGCAAAUGAGUUUAGUCAAGUAUCUUCCACCACGCAACCACAACAACAUAAUCAGAGACCAGGUCAAUUUGGUCCUCGUCUUGGUGGAUAUCGUCCAAUGAUGGGAAUGUCUAUGGCGUACCAACUGCAACCACAGCAGCAGCAACAACAUGCCCAAACACAGAAUCAAGAGCAGCAAGUGGAUUGGGAAAAUCAGUUUAAGGAGAUAGAGGAGUUGACAAACAAAGCUGAGGAGGUUGAGGAAAUCCAGAGAGAGCAGUCUCCUGAAAUUGUUGUUGAUGACAAGUACCAGGCCACUUUCCAAGAAGUGUGGGACAGUUUGAAUUCAGAAGCUUUUGAAAACGACUUUAUCAAUCAGCAAUAUGAAGAUUUCAAGAGAACUCAGAAAGAUGGGUAUCCCGCUGAUAUGAAUCAAUGGGAGAAAGAUUUUGCCAAGUAUGCCUCUACGCGUGCACACUUUGGCGACUACCAAUUUGAAGAUAAACAAAGUAACCAGUUUUUGGAUUUGCCAAAAGACCAAGACCCGUAUGAGAUUGGUUUGCAAUUGAUGGAGAAUGGAGCAAAGUUGUCUGAAGCUGCUUUGGCGUUUGAGGCUGCAAUCCAAAGAAAUGAAAACCAUGUUGAUGCCUGGUUGAAGCUAGGAGAAGUUCAAACACAAAAUGAAAAGGAAAUAGCUGGUAUUUCUGCAUUGGAAAAAUGCUUGGAGUUGCAUCCUGAGAAUUCCGAGGCUUUAAUGAACUUGGCAAUUAGUUAUAUCAAUGAAGGGUACGAUAAUGCUGCGUUCGCCACUUUGGAAAGAUGGAUAUCAACCAAGUAUCCUCAGAUUGUGGAAAAGGCAAGACAAGAGAAUCCAACAAUCACCGACGAAGACAGAUUCUCAUUAAACAAAAGAGUAACAGAAUUAUUUCUCAAAGCUGCCCAGUUGUCGCCUAACCAGGCUAGCAUGGAUGCUGAUGUUCAAAUGGGACUAGGGGUAUUGUUCUACGCUAAUGAAGAGUUUGACAAGACUAUAGACUGUUUCAAAGCUGCAUUAUCAAUACGACCUGAUGAUGCGAUAUUGUGGAAUAGAUUAGGUGCUUCUUUGGCAAAUUCUAACCGCUCAGAAGAAGCCGUGGAUGCGUAUUUCAAGGCAUUGCAAUUGAAACCAACCUUUGUAAGGGCAAGAUAUAAUCUAGGGGUUUCAUGUAUAAAUAUUGGUUGUUACAAGGAAGCGGCCGAGCAUUUGUUGAGUGGGUUGUCCAUGCAUCAAGUUGAGGGGGUGGAUACUGUAUCGACAUUAAAUCAUAACCAGUCAACAUCCUUAACUGAAACACUAAAGAGAGCUUUUAUUGCGAUGGAGAGAAGAGAUUUAUUGGAAUUGGUUAAACCUAAUAUGGAUUUGAAUCAAUUCAGAGGUGAAUUUAGUUUUUAG